UCCUAUCCGCCAAGCGGAGGACUGGAUUCCGUCGAAAAGAAACGACGAUUCGGAGGAUAGUCGCGACCGAUCAUAGCUGGCGCGCCGAUCGGAUCAACGGAGUGAACUAGCCGUCCGCGACUAACCGCAUCGCGCGUUACCACGACAAGUGCCACGCAUUGCAUCGCGCGCGCUCUGUGCCCUUCGAUCUUUUUUUUUUUCCGCGACUCGUGACAGUCCGGUGUACCACCGCGGCUCACGCUCCUUCUCCUUCGGGAGGACCUUCGUCCUGUUCGCUUCUGUUUCCCCUUCGAUCAGCGAUCGAGAGUGAUCGGAGUGAUAGCCGCGAAACAAUCGUGUCACCGACCGUCGUCCGUGGCACUCUUCUUCGCGGUCUACUUCGCGAGUGCUCUCGCAACGACGACGACGACGACGACGACGACGACGACGCAUAGUAGUUCCAACGGCAGGACCGCUUCGGUGGAUCACUCGGUCAUCCCCACGUUGCGACUUGUUUCCGCGUGUGACAGUGCGAGUGCAUAUGCCGGCAACAGACCGCCACCGAUUUCGACCGGUUCGAGUGUCGUCGGGCGGCCAGUCGCGGCGACCGGGCGCACGGGAGUGCUGCCGCCGAUGCGAGUAGCACCCUGCCGGGUCCGUCCCGCCUGGACACGCGACAAAGAGAGUUCUCGCGCGCCUCCGCGUGAGCGUUCGCCCCGAGCGCGCUGGUGAAAAAAAAAGGGAAGAGGAAAAAGGCAGGAAGAAAAAAAAAGCGAAAGUGUGACGGAUCCGCGAAGUGAUCUGCGUCGGCAGCUGAGGCGGACACGGCGAAUGCCGCGGACUUCUGGAACGAUGAUCGCGUAGCGGCGCCCGACCAUCACGGCCCUGAGCGGCCGACACAUCAUGUCACAGUUCUCUUUCCGAGGAUCGCCAAAUCUACAGUGUCCUGUGACAGUGAACUCGUCGUUGGCGCCGUCCUCGGCCUCGCCCGCAACCGGUGCGAUCCUGAGCGCGGGCGGCUCGUCCUUGGUCAGCAGCGUAGCCGCCAGUACGACGACGAAUCAUCCCCUGGACGUAGCCGGUCUGUCGCAAGCGAGGAUGGCGGUGACGAGCGCGAUCGUGAGACCGCCCGGCAGUCCCACUACCUCGGUCAGCCCGUCCCAGGGUCACCCGCCGCCAUCGGCUGGCGGCCCCGCCGCGGCUAGAUGCUGCGACACCGGUCGGCCGAUCUUCACGGAUCCGUUGACGGGUCAGACCGUUUGCUCCUGUCAGUACGAGCUACUGGGCGGCUAUCAACGUCUAGGUGGCUUGCCCACGGCCGCGCUCUCCAUGUACAGCGCGCCAUACGCGGCCGCCGCAGCGGCCGCGGCGUCCGAAGGCAUGGCCGCGUACUUUCCCAGCUUGAGCGCCGAGCAGGCGCCCUUCUACACACCUACGGCUGCCGGUCUGGAUCUGAAAGAAAAUCUGGGCGCUGGAGCCGCAGCAGCAUGGCCUUAUCCCUCGGUGUAUCACCCUUACGACGCUGCUUUUGCGAGUUAUCCCUUCAACGGUUAUGGCAUGGAUCUAAAUGGUGCGAGGCGAAAAAACGCGACACGAGAAACAACGAGUACGCUUAAGGCGUGGCUAAACGAGCACAAGAAGAACCCAUAUCCUACGAAAGGCGAAAAGAUCAUGCUGGCUAUUAUUACCAAGAUGACACUGACACAAGUGUCGACGUGGUUCGCGAACGCGCGAAGACGCUUGAAAAAAGAAAAUAAAAUGACGUGGGAGCCGAGAAACCGUGUCGAAGACGAAGAUAAUAAUAAUGAAGACGAUGAUAGCGGGAGGAAGAGCGUCGAUGAGAAAGAUCGGUUAGAUUCGAAAGACUCAGGUACAGGUUCCAGCGAGGAUGGAGAACGACCGGCGCACCGUCUGGAUCUACUGCACGGCGGCAGCGGCGGAUCGGCGGGCGUCCAAGGUAGGACCGAGAGCGAGUGGAGUGAGUCGCGGGCGGACAGCGGCCCGGACAGUCCGGAAUGCCUGUACGACCAGAGGGAGCCUAGGCAUCCGUUGCAGCUGCAACAUCCGGCAUAUCUCGCGCCGAAUCACGGUCGGUUGUUGCGUCAUCCCUCGCCGGAGAGUACGUCGCCGGGUAGCCAGCACCAUCAUCUGCCGCCGAGCACCAGCGCGCCAUCCACGGGCAGCGCGGUGACGACGAAGCCGCGGAUCUGGUCGCUGGCAGACAUGGCGAGCAAGGACGGCGAUCAGCAGAAUACGAAUCCAGCCACGAUGACGGGUCUCACGUCACCGUACAGCGGAACGGGCGGAGGUGGAGGCGGCAUCGGCAGCGGCGGCGGCGGUGGUGGUGGCGGCGGUGUUAGUGGCGGUGGAGGCGGUGGUGCCGCAGGGGGCAAACUCGUAAGCCCCUUGGCCAGUCGAUUGCCGCCUCAUCAUCCUCUGCAUCCGGCGAUACAUCCGGGCACGCAGUUCGUAAGACCGCAUCCGGACUUCUACAGGAACUUGUACGGCGCGUCCCAUCUCGGUUCCGGCGACAUAUCCCUGUUGGAGACGUACUCGAGAACUCUGGGUGGACUGGGCGGUGUGAUACCGCCAUCCACGGCCCCGAGCAUACUCACAUCGUCCUCGUCCUCGUCGAUCUCCGCCGCUGGUAAUGUGAAACCUUUCUCGAUUAACGGCAGUAGCGGCGCGGCCGGCGGUACCACCACCGGAUCGGCCGUGUUACUGACCACCGCGUCCUCCGGCUUGUCGCCGUCGUCAUCGUCGACGGCGUCGUCGGGCAGGUCCGAUCAUUCGCCCCAUCCGGCGGGCGGCGGUCUCCCCGCGACUCAGGAACUCAAAUCCCCGGGACGAGUGUGACUCGACGUAGCGACCGAUCGCUAAAAAAAAAAGACGUUUAUCGCGAGCGCGCGCUGUGCAUCCGGCGGGCGUUUUGUGUGGUGUGGCUGACAAUAAUCAGAGACUACGACCUUGUAAUUAGUGUACAGUAAAACGGGAGAUGAAGAAAUAUACUGCCCCGAUCCGUUCCUCGUUCCUAGUCUUUUCUUUCCUCGUUCUUCCUUUCGAUCAUUCGUCAUCGUCAAUGUUCCUUCUUCUUCUUUUUUUAAUCUCUCGCUUCCCUUCCCUCUGUCCUCCUCGACUUCCGAUCCAAAUUUUAUUUUCUGCAUUCGAUUACUCACGAUUAAAAACGGAAAACUCGUAGUACCGACUAUCCAAUAGUGGCUAUCGCGGUAUAACCGUACAACAACUAGCGCGUCAACUCGACAGUACUAUUACACACACAUAUAAAUAUUAUAAAUAUCUAAAGAUAUACGAUAAUAUAAUUAAUAUUAUUUAUGCGUUUGUAAAUAGUAGAGAGAGGCCCAGUAGAGAGAAAUCGUCCGGCCAGUGUAUGUAUUGUAUGUAGAGUAGACACUAUAUUACUAGCCUACCUGAGAUCAUAAUUCAUAUUAAUGACGAAUUAUUAUUAUUAUGAUUAUUAUGAUUAUUAUUAUGAUUGUUAUUGCAAUGUUUAUAAUAUUAUCGAUUCACGUGACUCGGUCGAGCAUGACGAGAUAUGAGUCGUUAAAUCGCGGCGACAGAUUGCGAGGGAUCGCCGGAAUGUAUAAAGAUUCUUGGAGAUCGAUCCUUGGUUCCUCUUCUUGUAAGUAAUCUUCUCCUUUAUUUAUUUUGCUAAAAAUUAUUGGCUCGUGAUAAUUUUUCGCAAGAGCGCGAACGAAGGCUGCGGCGAAAUCGCGAAUCGACGUGCCUUCGUCGACUCGCAAGCUGCGACGUCGCUCGCAAUCUGCUGCAAUCCCGUCGUCGUUGCGUAGAAAAGGAACGUUCUAAGUUACACGAAGGUGAAGCCACGGGCACAACGGCUGUCAACAUAUCAUGUCAUGUCGAGAGUGAACGAUCGCCAUCACCUUUUAGUCAUUCGUGUCCAAAAUUUCACGCGAGCCCACUGAUGUCGCACUGACACGCGACAUUAACGCAGACUGUGUCCUUUCGCAAUAAACGAAUCAUUACGGAAA